AUGUUUUGCAUUCUUGUGUUUGCGCCUUUCAACAAGAUGAAGACAUCCGUCGCUUACAUCAUCGCCGCGGCCCUCUUCGGAGCUACGCAGGCUGCCAUCACCCCGGUGAACAACAUCAUUCGCCACGAGUACAACCUCAACGCCAGAGCCGGCGUGCACGGCAACAUUGAGCGAGACCAGCCCGAGGGUGCCCUUGAGGGCGAUGUUCUGCAGCCCUUCGUCUAA